AUGCCAAACGAUCACUGGGUUGACAUCCUUCGUAAAGAAAUACCUCAUAUAUCCACUAGUUUCAUCACAUGGGAAGAUGUUUCCCCUUUUGCAAUUUGGGCGAUUAGGAAAAACAGGAAUGAAAACAAUGUUAAUAACAAUAAUCUUAAUAUUAACACAACGAAAGUGUUUCAACAAACGCUUGAAUAUCAUUUUUUCACAUCCAAGCCCACUACUAGUAGUAUUCAUAUAAAGGUGAAGGUAAAAUGGCACCCGCCACCAAGGAAAUGGUACAAGUUUAACUUUGAUGGUGCUUUCAACAAUGACUACAUGCAUGGAGGAAUCAGUGGAAUCACACGCAACAACAAAGGAAAGUGGAUGUUAGGUUACUAUGAGAAGUGUCAAAUAAUAUCACCUAUACAUGCAGAACUACUAGCUCUUUGGCAGGCACUUCAAACAAUUAUCAAGGAGAAGAUCACCCCAUGUGAACUAGAGACAGAUGCCACAGAGGUGCUUAAUAGGAAGGGUAAUGGAGCAGGGGGAGAUCAUAAUGAAGCACAACUUCCGUGA